AUGCGGACUGGUAGUGGCAGAACGCAAUUAGUUGCCUCAAAGCGUAAGUCCGAACUGCGCUCCCCUUCCCCCACUCCACGAGAGAAUGCGUCGGGAAACAGUGUUCGUUGGGUAACCAGAACUUUGCAGAGGAGGAAAGAGUCCGGGAAACAACGCGGCAAAUCGGAUUCACGAAAGAGAUCGCCGAAUGCGAGUGGCAGUGCAAGUGGACAGUGGAAACAAAGGGUCAAAGCAAGCUCCGGCACUGCGGCUGUAUCCAUCUCACCUGCCCGUGGGGUAUCUGCAGGGGCCUACAGGGGUGGGGGAACUGCUGGACGCUCAAAGGGGGUCUCCCGUGUCACAGUGGACAUCUCCGUUGCACGCUUACAAAAAUGGUUCCGUGUGUUGAUUUUGCGCGGCGUCGUAAAACGCAGGGGCCUCUUGAGCGAGCGGAUUAGUGAUUCUCUCAAUGUGCAGCAGUGUCUUUGGGAGCUUAGUGUCCGCAGGGCAAAACGUCUCUUGUCUGAGGCCUUUAACGCAUAUGCUGUACGCCUUCAUGGUGGUAUUGAGACGACAAAUGAUGAAAGUAAGGAUGCUGCGGUGAGUUUGGUGAAUGCCUUUAUGCGGGCAAAAAAGGAUGGUCUUUGCCGAACUCAACAGUUGCAUAAAAUUUGGCAGCAUGCGGUAAGGGUUAUUGAGAAAGCGUGGAUGAACUGCGCCUUGUUUUAUUAUACUCAACAGCUUGGCGUGGAGUGUAAAAGGCAGCGACUAGUUAUUCAACAGGAAGCAAUUGAAAGGCGUGAUUACAUUAGGCAGCGAUUGCUAUUUCUUGUAGAGUGUCAUCAGCAUUGCUACAAUCAUCCUUUGCUGAUGCAGGCAGGCGUUGCUGUGCGGAAACUCGAGUGGUGGGAGCAUGUUGUAAUGGAAAGCUCCAUAAACUGUGCCGUUAGGCAUUGCCCUGCUGCAGUGUUGAAUAGUGAAACUGCAGGAGAUGCUUCCACAAUUAAGGAGUGUGGAAUCUCCACCGUUAUGCCACCGUUAGUUCCCCGUACGUCUUCGCUUGGCACUGGGUCGCCAUGUUUUGUAUAUCCUGAUGCUUCUCAACGUGUGAUUUGGGUCAAUGCAGGGAAAGACGAAGGUUCCUCCGUUCCUACGAUGCCUGCGCCCUCCGUCACGCAUCGUUUCCAUGUGCGAGCUGACACCGCCUUUGUGAAUGGCCUUUUGCAGGAAAUGGGACAGUUGGAUUUCCCAACCUCAAUGGGUUUGUGCCCACGGGCUUCUGUGCCACCUCAAGAUUCUACAGGCAAUGUCGUCUCCAUUACUUAUACGGCGCGUGUACAAAACACCGAACACACUUCCGAGCUUGUGGACAGUAACCUUGUGUGGGUGGGAGGUUUUCUUUUACGCGAGUGUCUGCAACCGCUGCCGCUUUUUAAAGAACUUAGUAUGUGGCUUCGCUCCAGAGAAAUUACGGAACGACAAAAUCAACAGGCGACGACGUCGUCACGUGUCGUCGUUGGCGGUGCUGCUAAUACAUUGCUCCUUAAGCCUGUGCUGCGGAAAAGGGCCCGAGGAAGGAGUAUGGCGUCGGUGGAUUUCAGCGUGAGCGUGUCAACGAUGGGGAAGGCGUGGGCUGAUUUCUACCUCUUUAUGGAACUCACUGGGGAAGCAUGCGGCUCAGUCUCGUGCAGUACUAGCACCCUUGCUUUCUCCUUGCUACCGCCCUCGACACUCUACCGAAGGAAUAAAGGAUAUUUAUCCUCCCAGAGUAGGGGGCGUGUGUCGCUGGAGACCCUCGUAGGGGCAGGGAGGGGGCUAGCGACACCGGUCUCAAGGAAAUUGUGCACAUCCACGCCAACUUGUGCAGGCGAGGUCUCAAAGACCUUAUCUUUAACGAAGGGCCUUGGAAGUGAAUUUGACAUCAAGUAUGAAGUUGAACGUCUGUUUGUGCGUGAGUAUCAUCGGCGAAAAAAACUGCAGGAUGAGUACAAUGCCGAGGUGGUUGCGCUGGGGCGGAUCAUUCAUCGAGAUCAGGUGACUACGGUGAAUGAUGGAAAGACCAAGAUGACAGACAACAGGCAGCCAUUUCAAAAAGACUGGUGCGUCUCACUCUUAGCAGGUGCUACGGAAGGGACGUUGACGCAUUGA